UAAAAUAGUCAUUCGUUUUUUUCGCAAACUUCCAUGUGGAAGCAAAUUCGCAACCGGCCAACAAUAUCUUGUAGACAAUUUAUAAAAAAAGUUACAAGUUCAUUUAUAUCUAUUUAAAUUAAAACAAAAUUAUAUAUUUAUUCAAAUAAUUUGUGCUCUAUUCAACACGGCAAACAAAUCAUUUGAAAAUUGCACAAAUUAAUGUAAAAUAUAAGAAAAGUGACAGUGUAUGUAAUAUAAAAUAAAAAAAAACGAGUCUACAACAGCGAACAAUAGAAAAGAAAUAUUAAAAAAGAAUACAACAACAAUAUAAAGAAAAAAAGCUAAGAGGCAGAUAGUGGUGUAAAGAAAGAAGUAGAAGGUACGAAAGUAGAAGUAAAAAAAUCAAUCAUCAUUGACGAACAAACGAAUCAUUCGCAAGUAUCAGCAGCAAACAACGCCAGGUUUUAAAUUUGUGUGUUUGUGCAAAAAUUAACUAAUAUUAAUAAAUUAUCAAUUUAAUAAAGAACAAAUAAACGUUUUUACAUCCGUAAAUUGCGAAACUUAUAAUGAAUUCACAAAUAACCCUGCAGUUAAUACAGAUCUUGGAAAAGACUGUCUCGCCUGACAAAAAUGAACUAUUGUCGGCAAAAAACUUUUUGGAACAGGCCGCUGAAAAUAAUUUACCCGAGUUUUUGAAAGCUCUCUCAGAUAUACUGGUCACUGUUAGCAAUAGCCCUGUGGCACGUAUGGCAGCUGGUCUGCAAUUGAAAAAUCAUUUGACCAGUAAAGAUGAGACCAUCAAUUUGCAAUACCAACAAAGAUGGCAUCAGUUUCCCGAAGACACAAAGGAGUACAUUAAGAAGAAUAUUCUGGGAGCUUUGGGUACAGAGAAUACACGACCCUCUUGCGCUGCUCAGUGUGUUGCCUAUGUGGCCAUCACAGAAUUACCCAUUAAUCGUUGGGGUAUCUUAAUACAAACCCUUGUCAAUAAAGUGGUCACUGAGGGUUCCAGCGAAAUGGAUCGUGAGGCUGCCUUGGAAGCUAUCGGUUAUAUAUGUCAAGAAAUACGUUAUGGUGUUUUGGAAAACCAAUCGAAUCAAAUUUUAACCGCUAUUGUCCAUGGUAUGCGCAAACAGGAGCCUAGUAAUCAUGUACGUUUAGCAGCCACCACAGCAUUAUUGAAUUCUCUGGAAUUCACCAAAGCCAAUUUCGAGAAGGAUGUAGAACGUAAUUAUAUUAUGGAGGUGGUAUGCGAGGCCACCCAAUCGCCUGAUACCCAAGUUUGUGUAGCCGCCUUACAGUGUUUGGUCAAAAUAAUGACCCUAUAUUAUCAAUAUAUGGAACCUUAUAUGGCACAAGCCCUGUUUCCCAUUACAUUGGAGGCCAUGAAGUCGGACAAUGAUUUGAUAGCAUUGCAAGGUGUUGAAUUCUGGUCGAACGUUAGCGAUGAAGAAAUCGAUUUGGCCAUUGAGAAUCAAGAAGCAAAUGAUGCAGGCCGAGCUCCCACACGUGUUUCCAAACACUAUGCUCGUGGUGCUCUCCAGUUUUUGGUGCCCGUAUUGGUGGAAAAACUAACAAAGCAAGAUGAAAAUGAUGAUGAGGAUAUAUGGAGUCCAUCGAAAGCAGCAUCGGUUUGCCUUAUGUUGCUGGCCACUUGCUGUGAAGAUGAAAUAGUACCUCAUGUAUUUCCUUUCAUCAAGGACAAUAUUGUUUCGCCAAAUUGGCGUUUCCGUGACGCCGCUGUCAUGGCUUUCGGCUCAAUUUUAAGUGGUAUAGAAAAUAGUACUCUCAAAUCAUUGGUGGAACAAGCCAUGCCCACAUUGAUUCGCUUAAUGUACGAUCAAAGCGUUAUUGUAAGGGAUACCACUGCAUGGACAUUUGGUCGUAUUUGUGAUAUAAUUCCUGAAGCUGCUAUUAACAAAACCUAUUUGCAACCGCUGUUGGAAUGUUUCAUACAAAGUCUUAAAGCCGAGCCCCGUGUAGCUGCUAAUGUUUGUUGGGCAUUUAUUGGCUUAUCUGAUGCUGCUUAUGAAGCAGCUGAAAUCACUGACGGCGAAACUCCUGAAACCUAUUGUCUUUCACCCUACUUUGAAUACAUCAUUACACAACUGUUGGAGACAACCGACCGUCAGGAUGCCAAUCAAGGCAAUUUACGUGCCGCUGCUUAUGAAGCUCUUAUGGAUAUGAUUAAAAACUCACCCUUGGAUUGCUAUUUGAUUGUACAGAGAACAACUAUUGUCAUUUUAGAACGUCUCAAUCAAGUAUUGCAAAUGGAAUCCCACAUUGCCAGUCAUAAUGAUCGUCAUCAAUUCAAUGAUUUGCAAUCAUUGUUGUGCGCCACCUUGCAGAGUGUGUUGCGCAAGGUACGCGAAGAUGAUGCUCCUCAAAUAUCAGAUGCUAUUAUGAAUGCUUUGCUUACCAUGUUCAAUUCUUGCUCGGGUAAAUCUGGUGGUGUACAAGAAGAUGCAUUUUUGGCCGUAUCUACUUUGGUCGAGUUGUUGGGUUUGAAAUUCGUUAAAUAUAUGGAUGCUUUUAAGCCUUUCCUGUAUAUGGGUUUGAAAAAUCAUCAAGAAUAUCAAGUCUGUUGUGCUGCUGUUGGUCUCACAGGCGAUAUUUCGCGUGCUCUAAAACAACUUAUUAUACCCUAUUGUGAUGAAAUCAUGUCUCUAUUGUUGGCCAAUUUGUCGGAACCUACUUUACAUCGUAGUGUUAAGCCAGCAAUUUUAUCAGCUUUUGGUGAUUUGGCUCUCAGUAUUGGUGGUGAAUUUGUAAAAUAUUUAAAUGUUGUUUUGGAAUUAUUAAGAGCUGCUUCACAGUUGGAGGUUGAUCCCAACAGUUAUGAUAUGGUUGAGUACCUCAACGAAUUGCGUGAAAGUGUUUUAGAAGCCUACACUGGCAUUAUACAGGGUCUCAAGGGUGUAGAACAAACACCAAAUCAAGAUGUUUAUCAUUUGGAACCACACCUUGGCCAUAUCAUUCUAUUUAUUAAACGUAUCGCCGUUGAGGGUGAUAACUCCGAUUCUAUGGUCGCCAGUGCUGCUGGUUUCAUUGGCGAUUUGUGCACAGCCUUUGGUCCACGUCUCCUAACAUUUGUUGAUGAUGUUACCAUUACACAAUUCCUUGCCGAAGGCAAACGUUCAAAAGCCUCCCGCACAAAAUCUCUUUGCAACUGGGCUACUAAGGAAAUUAAAAAAUUGCGUGAUCAUCAAACAAUAGCUCAGUAAAUCAACGUAUUUAACAUUUUUAAUUUCAAUAUAUAGGGGAGCGCUUUUGAAUUUCCAUCAAUUUUCAUACUGUUUUUUUUUAAUUGUGUCUGAACUAUAAAAUGGUGUUUACAGGAGUUUUUAAUUAUACACAAUUCUUCUUUUAAUUAUGUCUCUACAAAAAGUGGUUCAAACAGUAAACUGCUUCAAUAUUUGUUUUAAUUAAGUUUCAUUCUAUUGACAUUUUUUAUGCUAUUAAUGUUUGUUUAAAACAAAAGGUAUUUUUCUCUAUAGUUUCAUUAUAAUCUUUCAUUUUACAAUACAUAUUUAUUAAUUUUCUACCAAAACAAACAAAAAUUAAUUUCUUUUCAUGUUGAAUAAUAAACAAUUUUUUCUUUUCUAAAUUUUGAAUUUAAAGAAAUUAACAAACAAAUGUCAAUGAUUAUUAUUAUUUAAUUAUCAUUGAUCGUCUGCUUACCCACCUUCAUUAUACAUUAACACCACAAUAAUAUAUAAUUAUUAAUUUAAUUGUGAAAAAAAUAAAUUAAUAAUUUUUCAUUAAAUUAUUUGAUAAACAAACUAUUUUAUUUUAAACUCCAUUACAAAAUUGUUGGCCCCCCUAUAUUAACAAAAAGAUGAAAAAAAUAGAUUCUAAGUUUCUUAUUUUAGUUUAAUUUGAAAUCAUUUUAUUUUUUAAUACAUAGAGAGAGUGAAUGCUGCAAGCAAAUUAGUUUAACAACAAUUUUCUUAUUGAGAUCUUAAAACAUUUUCUAAAAUUUAUUAACCAGUUGAUCACUCUUUAAUUUAAAACAAAAAUAAAACAUUUUUUAUUUCACUUUGUGUGAAUGUUUUUUUUUUAUGAAAUGAAUUGCUUUGAAUAAAUAAAUCCUGUAUGCCUUUGUGAGUGGUAUGUAUGUGUGUGUGUGUGGGUGUGUGUACGUCUGUGUGAAAGGAGCUGUGAAUCCUAAUAGUUUAAGUGUGAUUGUGUUGUGCUAUAUAAUAGUAUAAAUUUUUGUAUGACUGCGAGUAUGUGUGAAAGUAUUUUAUGCAAAUUGAAAUUAAAAUUCUUUCCGAAGGCCUUACAACGUUACAGUUUGUUUUUAAUUAAUAUAGAAAAAGUGGUCUCAAAUUUAGUUUCAUACAUUUUUUUUAUUCGAAUUUGGAAAAUGUAAGAAAUAUAUAUUUAUAUUUUAUUUUUAAUUUUUAUACUUUUAAGAAUAUUUCAAUAGCUUUUUCGAUUUUUCGAACAUUAGUUCGAAUUUAAGCAAAUUUUUUUCGAACAUAAGUUAAAAAAUCUUAAAAUUCCAAGGUUGGUUUCGAAAUGUUCACUCUUGCUAAACCUUAAAAGCUGAAUCAUUAGUAAAAUAUGUGAUUAAGUUUCAGAACCUUUCAAAUUGGUUUUUACAUCAAACUAGAACAAAAGAUAAUCUAGUUUUAAAACCCUUGUCCUAACAACGUGUGUUUGGUUUCUAAACAUUUUAAAAUAAAAGUUCCACCGAAGCUAAUGAUUAAAGUUUUUCGUUUUUUUACGUUCCCACGACAAUUGGAUCUUCGCUCCGGAACGACCCGAAUCAUACUCGACCAAAGAUUGUCAACCCAGGGGCAGCUGUAUCAACCGAAAGUUUUUUCCCCAGAAAAGAACUAUCGACCACAGUCGAACAUUAAAGUUUUUCGUUCCCACACCACCAGCCAGACCGACUUUACACGUGUAACCACUACAAUAACAACAACAUGAAAUUUUUAAACAAAAAUCACAUUUCCGAAAAUGACUAUUUUAAACACAAAUCAUUGAUGAAAGAAUUUGAUUAAGAAUCAAUCUGUUGACCUUGAAACACUUUACAGAAACAGCACCGAUGUAGCCGAAUUAGUAAGAGAACGGGCUAUUUGUCCUUUAACAAUAACGCAUUUGUUUCAAACGUUUAUGACAAAUUUGAAUCGGUGAAAAAAAAAAACUGUUCUUAAUAAUGACUACCUAACACUUGUUCUCUAAAUAUUAUCGAAAACUGGUUUCAUUAAUAAAGGGUUUUAAACAAAAUCAAUUUAUGAAAGAAAUGAUUCUAUAAAAUAUUUCCGAAGAUAACUAUUUUGAAUAAAAAUCUUUGACGAUAAACCUUGAUCCACCAUAAAUCUGUUUGCUUUAAAACACUUCUACAAAAUCAGUCGCGAAAUAGUCAACUAGAACCAGUAGAGACUAUUUGUUCUUUAACAAAUACGCGAUUAUUUUCAAAUGAUUUUCUAGAACUAAUUUCGAGUAUGAUAGAUUUAAAACGAAAAAAUUUAUAAAAAACUUGUUUCUACAAAUUUUCCGCAUUUCUUAGAUCCAUUAGCAAAAAACAUACGAUAUACAAAUAUCGACCACUCUAAAAAAAAUUAAUAAAAACAAACUUGUAACUAAAAAACAGAAAUUUAUUUAAACCAAAACUAAAAGAAACUUCCUUGAAUAAUAAAAUUUAUAAAAAACAAAAAAAAAAUAAUCGUGUGUCUUGUCCAAAACUAAGUCUUAUUGUCCGCCGCCUUAAAUACUUUUUUUUUAUUUUUUUUGUGUGUACGAUUUUAUUAAUAAUCAUUUUUAUAUGAUUUCUAUUGAUUUCUGAUUGAAGACUUUAUAUGCGCGCGUGCGUGCUUGUGUGAUAUUAAUUGUAAGUUUAGAAUAUAAGUUAAGUAUAGUUAAAACUAAAAAAAAACUAGCUCAAAAUAUAACUUAAAAAAAAACAACAACAAUAAAGGAUUUUAAACGGAUUUGAAAUUCGCCAAAUGAAUUAAUAUACUCUAGUGAAACUGAAAUUAUUAAAUUAUAAAUGAAAUUAAACAAAUUAAAGAAAAACACGACUUAACGUAACGAAAACUAAACAAGAAAUGAAAAAUAAAACUAGAAACAAACAAAAUGACUUAAAUGACGACUUAAUGCCUCGUACAAAUUUAGAAUUUAGAUAAUUAUAAAUGAAAACAAAACGCAAACGUUUAAACAUAUAACACACGGAAUUUAUACAACUUUUUUACACUUUAAGGGACAAAAAAAAACCAAAAUGUUUAUUAAUUAUUAUUA